AUGGCCAGUAAAUUGAAUAUGAUUAACAACCUCAAGAAACGGGCCGAGAUCCGUGCAGAGAUCCGAUCCAGUAUAAAGCCUGCCGACAGCUUGGAAGAAGGAGAAGUUUCCAAUUCUGAAAACCACGGCAAAAAUGAUGAAUUAGAUCUUGAUGAAGGUGCCAGCUUGUCUCAGCUAGCCGAGGAAGGUGCAGAGGAAGAUCUAAAGAACAAAAUCAAGCGUGAGCAGAUUGAACAACAGUUGCUAGGGGUGCACACAGACGAAGAGGGAGACAGAAGUGGUUCCGAACUAGAAAUAUACUCUGAUGCUGGUGAUGACGAUUUCAUCCCUGAAGUCAAUGGGUCAGGCGACAGAGUCCACGGUGGGCAACAUGAACGAGAUGUUCAGCACGAAUUAAGUGCUCAACAGAUGCGUCAGGUUGAAGAAUUCAGUCGGGCAGUAGAUGGGCAAGUUCACACUAUAGACCCUGAUCUCAUGCCUGAGUCUACUUCCAAAAAGAGAAAUUUGGAUAUUACCUUGCCAGGGACUGCUGGUCGAUUGGCAGGAUCUGUAAAUCCAUCCAGCGAAGCUGCUGUUGCUGUAGAUGCCGUGGCUUCAGCUGUAGCCUCCGCUGUAGCAGGUGAUAUAGGCGCUACCAUGUCACAUGAAGGAAAGGUCAAGCGCAGACAGACUACUGCUGUUCGGGAGGACGAGAAAGUUUGUCCCUAUUGUAAGCAGGAGUUUGACUCGGCAGUAGAUUGUAGGAACCAUCGUCGCACUCAUCCCAAGCCCAAGGUUUAUAAGUGUGGAUUGUGUGACAAGACGUUUAGUCAGAUUCCGAACUUGAGUUACCACCGAACGAUCGUCCACAAAGACUUGAGAGUAGUCAAUGGAAUUGAUACUACUAGUGUAAAUGCGGCAACUGGUUCUAGCAACCCUACUGUUGCAAACUUAGCUGCUGUAGCUAGUUCCGCAGUGGCGGCCAGUGUACCACUUGUGGAUCUUCAGAAUGUGCGAGUUUUCCAUUGUGACGAAGUUGAUUGCACUUUUACAUAUUUGACAUACCAGGCUCUAUUGGCACAUAAAGAAAAUGACCAUAGUGGAGUUAAUGUUAAGCGACCAUAUCGUGUUUCGAAGGCUACAAAAAAACAUGCGUGUACGUUUGACGGCUGUAACAAGGUGUUCGCAAAGUUUUCUGAUUUGACCAGACACUCACGAGUUCAUUCAGGCGAAAGGCCGUUUGAGUGUACUCAUUGCGGAGCUACUUUCAACCAGAAGUACCGCUUGACCACACAUUUACGUUCACAUACUGGCGAAAAGCCGUUCUCCUGCAAGUACUGUGGAAAGACAUUUGCUCGAGGUGAUGCUGUGCAAUCUCAUAUCUUUGCUAUACAUAGAGCCAAAGGCUCAGCUUUUUAGAGAUAUAUAAGAUGAAUUGAGAACUACGGGU